AUGAUACGCAAGAACAAAGCGGGCUUGGCAAUCAGACUCAGCUCAGCCCAGACUCAAACUCAGAUUCAAACCCAGCAGAUAACUACUCCUGAUGACAUUGGUACAGUACGUACAGCGCUGACAACCCAAACGUCUCACAACUUUUGGUGCUGUGCGCCGUACCACGCCCGGGCCGUCACCCCUGAUGAGCAUGACCUUGAACAACGUAUCCGUCCCUGCGAUGCACAGCACAACGUACCUCACCAAGUGGCUACCUACACAGUUGCGGCUACCUACAACUACAGCUCCAGUACAGUAGAGCAGCUAAGGUAG